GUUGUUUAAGUAAAUUCAAUACCAACGCUCCUUUAUAAAAAGCAAGUGCUUUCUCAUCACUCCACCUGCAAUUUCCUCUCUACAACCAAACCAAAAGCAGAUAAAAUCAAGAUGGGUUCAGCUUUCUUAGAUCUGCGCGUGGCGCUUGUGAUCAUAAGCUUCGCCACCGCCGCCAUAGGUGCAGCUGCCCAGCAGUGCGGGCGGCAGGCUGGCGGCCAGUUGUGCCCGGGCAACCAGUGCUGCAGCCAGUGGGGUUACUGCGGGACAACCGACGACUAUUGCCUGCCUUCCAAUAACUGCCAGAGUAACUGCAAGCCUAGCGGCGGAGGUGGAGGUGGCGGUGGCGAAGGCGCCUCCAACGUGCGUGCAACGUACCAUUUCUACAACCCGGAGCAGGUGGGAUGGGACUUGAACGCCGUUAGUGCUUACUGCUCCACGUGGGAUGCUAACAAGCCUCUCGCAUGGCGGAAGAAGUACGGGUGGACUGCCUUCUGCGGCCCCGUUGGUGCUCGAGGCCAAGCUUCUUGUGGGAAGUGCUUACGGGUAACAAAUACAUGGACUGGUGCUCAAACCACAGUGAGGAUAGUUGACCAGUGCAGCAACGGAGGGCUAGACUUGGAUGCCGGUGUUUUCCGGCAACUGGACACUGAUGGAAGAGGAAAUGCACAAGGCCACCUCAUUGUUAACUACCAGUUCGUCAGCUGCGGCGAUGGGGUCCAACUCCAACCUUUAAUGUCUGUUCUCGACGAUGUUCAACCUUAGUUUAUUUAUCAAGUCACAUGGCAUAUAUACGUACUAUAUCGAUGAAUUUGAAUAAAGUUUUUUUUAUUUGUAACAGCAAUUUGAAUAACGUUAUAACGUUGCUCAUGCAAAGUUGAAUGAUCAAUAAGCAUGUACGCUGACUACUUGUAUUAUGGAAAUCGUAUUGGGAUACUUUAUUGGAUGUCAUUUCGAGUCAA